UCCUUUCUGCCUGUGGACGCUGCCGAGGAAGCAUCGUAAAAGUCUCUCUUCCCACUGCCGUCAUGUCUAAGUCAGAGUCUCCUAAAGAGCCCGAACAGCUGCGGAAGCUACUCAUUGGAGGGUUGAGCUUUGAAAAGACUGAUGAGAGUCUGAGGAGCCAUUUUGAGCAAUGGGGAACGCUCACAGACUGCGUGGUAAUGAGAGAUCCAAACACCAAGCGCUCCAGGGGCUUUGGGUUUGUCACAUACGCCACCGUGGAGGAGGUGGAUGCAGCAAUGAAUGCAAGGCCACACAAAGUGGAUGGAAGAGUUGUGGAACCAAAGAGAGCUGUUUCCAGAGAGGAUUCUCAAAGACCUCGUGCCCACUUAACUGUGGAAAAGAUCUUUGUUGGUGGCAUUAAAGAAGAUACUGAAGAACAUCACUUAAGAGACUAUUUUGAACAGUAUGGGAAAAUUGAAGUGAUUGAAAUCAUGACUGACCGAGGCAGUGGCAAGAAGAGGGGCUUUGCUUUUGUUACGUUUGAUGACCAUGAUUCUGUGGAUAAGAUUGUCAUUCAGAAAUACCAUACUGUGAAUGGCCACAACUGUGAAGUAAGGAAAGCCCUGUCAAAGCAAGAGAUGGCUAGUGCUUCGUCCAGCCAAAGAGGUCGAAGUGGUUCUGGAAACUUUGGUGGGGGUCAUGGAGGUGGUUUUGGUGGAAACGACAACUUUGGCCAUGGAGGAAACUUCAGUGGUCAUGGUGGCUUUGGUGGCAGCCGUGGUGGUGGUGGAUAUGGUGGCAGUGGGGAUGGCUACAAUGGAUUUGGUAAUGAUGGAAGCAAUUUUGGAGGUGGUGGAAGUUACAAUGAUUUUGGCAAUUACAACAAUCAGUCAUCAAAUUUUGGAGCUAUGAAGGGAGGAAAUUUUGGAGGCAGAAGCUCUGGCCCUUAUGGUGGUGGCGCCCAAUACUUUGCCAAACCACGAAACCAAGGUGGGUUAUGGUGGUUCCAGUAGCAGCAGUAGCUAUGGCAGUGGCAGAAGGUUUUAAUUAUUCCCAGGAAACAAAGCUUAGCAGGAGAGGAGAGCCAGAGAAGUGACAGGAAGCUACAGGUUACAACAGAUUUGUGAACUCAGCCAAGCACAGUGGUGGCAGGGCCUUGCUGCUACAAAGAAGACAUGUUUUAGACAAUACUCAUGUGUAUGGGCAAAAAACUCGAGGACUGUAUUUGUGACUAAUUAAUUGUAUAACAGGUUAUUUUAGUUUCUGUUCUGUGGAAAGUGUAAAGCAUUCCAACAAAGGGUUUUAAUGUAGAUUUUUUUUUUUUUUGCACCCAUGCUGUUGAUUGCUAAAUGUAAUAGUCUGAUCAUGAUGCUGAAUAAAUGUGUCUUUUUUUUUUUUUUUUUUAAUGUGCUGUGUAAAGUUAGUCUACUCUGAAGCCAUUUUGGUAAACUUUCCAAAAGUGUGAAGCUAGAAUUCCUUCAGGGUGAUGCCAGGUUCUAUUUGAAAUUCAUUUACAACCUGCUUGGGUGAAGAAGCCAUUGUCUUCAGAAACCUUGGUAUAGUUGAACUGAGGGUUACUGCUGUGACCUGAAGCUUACCAUUUAAAGGGGUCAUCCAAGGAAAAUCAUGGAAUUAUUGGUUAUAAAGGUGAUUGUUGGCAUAUCCUAUGCAAUAUAUCUAAAUUGAAUAAUGGUACCAGAUAAAAUUACAGAUGAGAAUGAAGCUUGUGUAUCUACCAUUAUCAUGUGUAAUCAAUAAACGAUUUAAUUCUCUUGAAAA